GGUGCCCUCGGAGUUCAAUUAGUAACACGGAGACACACAAACAGAGGACACCAACCCGGAAGUACUUCGAUAAACACGUAAGGAUAGCUCGCCCACCUGUUGGUUGCGUCACCUGUUCUGCAGCUUGUUAACCUACUGGUUAUAAUCAGAUCAGCUCACUGGUAACCAUGGGUCGCCACUUUGGAGAUUUAGCCAAGAUUAGACACAUAGUCACAUACAGUCUGUCCCCCUUUGAGCAGAGGGCUUUCACCAACUUCUUCUCAAAGGGUAUUCCCAAUGUAUGGAGAAGGUUCUCCGGAUCUUUCUUCAAAGUUGCCCCUCCUUUAGUCCUCACAUACCUGAUCUACACCUGGGGCAACAGCGUCCAUGAGCAGUCCAUGAGGAAGAACCCUGCUGACUAUGCCAAUGAUGAAUGAACAUCUGCCACUGAUCCAAAAGCUGCUAUCUGUCUGAAAUCCCCACCUUUGUCCAACCAAUAAAGAGAAAAACAAAUAAUUAA